GAGGGAAAGGAAUUCGCAUUGAACGGCAUACGCCAUGAGGAUUGCGGAAGUUUCUUGAAGAGAACGUUCGAUACUGCGUGCGUGACUUUGUGAGAUGUUUUUUUAUUAUAUAUAAUUGAUUAAUAAAAAGGAAAAAAAUCUGUUUUUUAAACGCCUAUAAAUAUGGAGUUGAGUUGAGAACAUCAAUUCAGAGCACCUCGUCUGUUUUUUAACCUUGCUAACUUUAAAUAAUUCACAAAUCCUUACCCUAAAUCAAUUCUAUUUUCUUAGAUUUAGAAUUCUCCUACCCAAUACAAAAAAGUAAUGAAAGGAAACAAGUCUUACGGCAAUGGGUCAUCAUGGGCAGACCAAUCGGACUACUCCGAUCCAGCGGCUGCCACUAGUACUGCGAACGAGAAGAAAAGCAGCAGCGGUGGGGCAACCGCCAAGUACAAGCAGAAGGUCGGGGAUGGGCUUGAGAAGACCAAAUCUGUGGCUUCAACUGGGAUGAAGAAGGUCAAACAAGGAACCUCCUCUGGGCUUCAAUGGAUCAAGGACAAGUAUCAUAAAAGUACCCACAAGCAUUAGGAUUAUUAGACUUUGUUUAUAUUCCUUUUGGCUUUCCUUUAACUGGUUUUAAUUUUAUUCAUUCAUCUACCCAUAAUGAUUUAUUCCUCUGUUUUGAUGUAAAACUGCAAAUUAUAUCAUAAUAAUAGAUCAAUAUUGCUUUGUUUUAUUUUUGGGCAGCCAAAGAGCUCAGUCUGCGAGUAUUAUAUGUAUGACUGAUGGCGUCUAAAGCCAACCCGGUUCACCGUCUCUUUUAUUACAA